UAUUUUUUAAGGAUAUAUUUUCUAUAACCCACAAAAAAUGCCACCACAGAAGAUUAAACAGGAUAUUAGCGAGGAUGAGCUGAAUCGACGCCGUAUUAACAAUCGGCUUAACGACAUCCGACUCGGUCCGCUAAAGCAGAUCCCGAUAAAUUUAUUCAUGAUGUGGGUAGUAGGGAAUGAGGUAAGCAUAUUCUCCAUCAUGUUUGUUGGAAUGGCUGUCAUUAAUCCUCUUCAGAGUAUUUUUAAUGCGGGUAAAAACUUUACGGAUUUUGAAGAUGAUGCUUUGGUUGAUCAUCAGAUACGGACGUCUGUUAAUCAGUCGAAAUGGAUUUUUAUUGGCUGCUCUUUUCUUUGUCUUUUAGUCGCACUUGUCAAGUUGAGCUGGAUGGAACUACUGCCGGUAAGCGUAAUGGAUUGGUUACCGAAUACUCCGCCUACCUAUAAGGAGCACAGUGCAGGUAUAUUUUUAAGAGAUUAAAUAAUAUGCAGAUAAUAUUGUUAGGUGUGAGUGUAAAGAUUGAAAAAUUACGAGUACGAUUUAAUAAUUGCUCUUCUAGUAGUUAAAAAAAAAGGAAUAUGGUAGUAUAAUGCAAUCACACAGCUUAUAGUAUUACUGAGAUGCUAUUAGGUCCGCUUUUUAUAAAAUAUUUAUGAACGCUUUUUUUAUUGUGAUAUUUUUCAAGUUGGUUCCAACUUGAGUAAAAAAAAAGGACAAAAGAAUGUUUGCCGAAAUUGUACACGCUUGUCUAAGUAAAUAGGAAAAGGAUAAUCUAGAAAGGCGACAAUUCUAUAACGCCUUGUCGAUACGAAGGUCUUUUGAUCGCUUUCAUAUUUUUUGUAAA